AUGAUCAGUUGGGCCCUCACCAGCGCCUUAGUGGGUAACGCGUACGCCGCUCAUGGAGAGAGCUACCUCAACUCCUCGGUUGGCUACCAGAACGGUAGCCUCGGAGGCUCUCCAUAUCAGACUUUCGUUUCGUCCCCUUCAAAACCCGUGCAGUUCAACGUCCAGCAGUUCCCCAGUACGCCACCCGCAGCCGGAUAUAUCUUCAUUGCACCUCGUGGUACCUCUGUCGAGGCCCCCGGAGCGUACAUCUUCAGCGGCGAUGGUGAGCUCAUCUGGGAUGGUAGCGAGUUCGGCCAAGCCAUGUCCUUCACGCCCAAGAUGUAUAAGGGCGAACCCGUCAUUGCAAUGUGGCAGGGCGAGUUCAACGGCAAUGGUUACGGAAUGGGACAUGGACUUCUCAUCAAUCAGUCCUACCAGGUCGUCGCGAACAUCUCCGCUCAGGUCGAGAAUGCCCUGAUGGACUUCCACGAAUUCACGUUGACGGAGAACGGCACCGCGCUCUUCACCGCAUACCCUGUGCAGUCGUAUGACCUGUCCUCCUACGAGACGGGCCUGCAAGACCCCACCAAUGGCUUCAUCAUGCAGGGCGUUGCACAAGAGAUCGACAUUGAGAGUGGGAACGUCAUCUUCACUUGGCAUUCCCUGGAUCACGUUGAUCCGCAUUCCUGUUUCACCACGCCUGCAGACACCGGCGGCAGCUCAGACAACCCGUGGGACUACUUUCACAUCAAUUCGAUCGAGAAGGACAGCAAGGGCAACUAUCUCAUCUCAUCCAGACAUUGCUCGGCGCUCUAUUAUGUCUCUGGUGCUGAUGGCUCGAUCAUCUGGACGCUUGGCGGCCAGAACUCGUCCUUCACGAUGGGUGAGAACACGACGUUCUGGUAUCAGCACGACGCCCGGUGGCGCGAUGAUGAGACGACCAUCUCGCUGUUUGACAACGCCGCAACUGGUUGGGACGCUCGCGAGGACACCGCCCGCGGCCUACUCCUGAACAUCGACUUUGACAACAAGACAGUCGAAGUUAACACAGAGUUUCUUCCGUUCAACCGCACGCCCUCUCCCAGCCAGGGCUCGACCGAGCUGCAACCAAACGGCAACUGGCUUUGCGGCUGGGGUCAGAUCCCCUAUUUCAGCGAGUACUCGCCUACUGGGGAGCUGCUCUGGGCGGUUCAGUUCGGUGUAGGUGAUGUGCAAGGCUAUAGGGCGCACCGCGCAAACUGGACGGGCCAGCCGACGACGCAGCCGAACCUCGCCCUGCAGAACGGCAACAGCACAGAGGAGCACACUCUCUACAUGUCGUGGAAUGGAGCGACCGAGGUCAAGACGUGGGAGGUGCUCGGUGCCAACGACACGAGUGCCCAGCCCGAGUCGCUGUGGAACGUUACCCGCGACGGCUUCGAGAGCGAGUUCAGCCUCCUGAAUCCAGGUCUUAACUUGUUCAUGGUCCGCGCACGUCACGACAAUGGAACCGUCCUCGGCCAAUCCAACUACAUCUCCCGCAACGGUUCUGAUGUGGGCGCCGGUCCCUCCCCGAGUGCCCAGGGUGCAACCAACGUCGAUAACGUGGCCAGUGGAUCUCAGGAACCUUCGGGACAGACUUCAUCUGCUGCAGCUGCAGGUGCUACCACGUCUGGGAAGGACGGCAGUAACGCGGCCCCUGCACUGUCUGGCUCUCUUGUUGCUCUUCUGUUUGGCAUCUCCGUUGCCGCGCUCGCUUAA